GCCUGCGCCCCUGCUAGGAGCUCCGCCAGCCCCCGGCCCGGGUCCGCUUCGCGCCGCUUCGGCUUCUGCCCCGGCCCCCUGGCAUGCUGCGCCCCCGCGCCGGCCCCUCCGCGCCCGGGUCUUGCCAUCGGCGGGGAAGCGCCAGGUUGCUGAAAAGUGCCUUUCCUGAAGCCACUGCUGCUUGGAUUUCUGUCUAAGGCUGCCUCUCUCUCCCCCUCCCCCCAACCCCCCCCCUUUUUUUAAUUUGGCGUUGCUUGCAGUUCAUACCCUAACGGCAACUCAUCCAUCCCCGCCCCCCCUUUUUUCCUUUUUACACUCUGUUCACUCAGCCAUUUUUUUUCCUUCCCGAGUAUGUAGCAAAUAUUUUUGAGUGAUUACAUCCUUUCGCUCCUUUUAAUACUCGCGAAUUGUCAUUUUUAGAACCAAGAAAUAAAAGGGAAAAAAAAAGUUUUCUGCCCAAGGACCGAGACCAUUCCGCAAACAGAAGCGCUGCCAGCCGCAUGUGCUUUUUGCAAGAAUAAUUGAAACCAUUAACUGGAGAGCACAGAAUUCUUUUGAAAGUCUGCCAGUUAUUUUCAAGUAACUUUGGCAGUGGCACAAAAUAUAACACUUAUAUUUUAACUUCUACAAUUGCACUUUUAGGAGCUGGCCUCUCAUUUGAUUUUCAGUUAUUCUGAUAAGAUUUCUAUUUUAUGAUUGGCUUUAUGUUUAAUUCUUGUUGAAACAAACACAAUUUGACUUAAAUGAAAACCUAAGUGCUGACGAAUAGAAAUUUUACCAAAGCAACAAGUUCGUUAUUUCUUCACAUUUAACUUGAAUUCACUUUUUUACCCUUUUUAAAAAAAUCAGCAGUAAUAUUGUCCUAAAGAAGGGUGUGAUUGCUUGCGUUUUAAUUUUUGUUUUUAAUAUGGCUGUAAACGUUUCCCUGGUUCGUGAUACAAAAUGGCUGACUUUAGAAGUAUGUCGAGAAUUUCAGAGAGGUACUUGUUCUCGAUCUGAUGCAGAGUGCAAGUUUGCCCAUCCGUCACGGAGUUGCCAUGUGGAAAAUGGUCGAGUUAUUGCCUGCUUUGACUCUCUAAAGGGCCGGUGUACUCGAGAGAACUGCAAAUAUCUUCACCCUCCCCCGCACUUAAAAACACAGCUCGAAAUAAAUGGACGCAACAAUCUGAUCCAGCAAAAGACCGCAGCAGCCAUGUUUGCACAGCAGAUGCAGUUCAUGUUACCCGGCGCUCAACUACAGCCAAUUACUACGUUUCCUGUGACUCCAUCACUUGCAACUAGUCCCACCAUGGCUUUUAGUCCCUACCUAAGUCAUGUUUCUCCUGGGAUGGGCUUGGUUCCUGCAGAACUUUUACCAAAUACGCCUGUCUUGGUUUCCGGGAAUCCUACUGUUACAGUACCAGGAGGCUCUGUUGCUCAGAAACUGAUGCGUACAGAUAAACUGGAGGUUUGCCGAGAGUUUCAGCGUGGAAAUUGCACUCGUGGUGAGAAUGAUUGCCGUUACGCUCACCCCAUAGAUAUUGCAAUGAUAGACACAAACGAAAACACUGUUACAGUUUGCAUGGAUUACAUCAAAGGCCGAUGCUCUAGGGAGAAAUGCAAGUACUUUCAUCCCCCUGCACACCUGCAAGCCAAAAUCAAGGCAGCUCAACACCAGGUGAACCAGACAGCUGCAACUGCAAUGGCCCUGCCACCUGGUGCACUUCAACCUUUACCAAAGAGGCCAGCACUUGAAAAAAACAAUGGUGCCACCACAGUCUUUAACCCAAGCGUUUUCCACUACCAACAGGCUCUAGCUAACAUGCAGUUGCAACAGCCGACAUUUAUCCCUACAGGGUCAGUACUGUGCAUGACACCCACUGCAAGCGUUGUGCCCAUGAUGCACGGUGCUACGCCCACCACUGUGUCUGCAGCAACAACACCUGCCACCAGCGUCCCCUUCGCUGCAACAGCUACAGCCAAUCAGAUAUCCCAGUUAUCAGUAGAUGAACUGAGUAGCAGCAUGUUUGUUUCACAGAUGUAGAAGUUACCGAUAGAACACAGACUAUGUUGAAAUUCUGAAGAGUAAAAUUACGGAGUUCCAGGACUUCUCGGUGGGAAGCUGCACAUGGCCUUUCUGUAUAUAUUCCCUCCUCCCUCAUUUCUUCCUCGACCACCUCUACAGUAAGUCUGUUGCAGCCUACAUGUUAACCAAAAACUGAUCAAUGGGAA